GUUAUUUGCUUGGCUUCUGCCGGCACCAGUCAGUUUCAGGAGAUCCCUGUGAGGAAGGAACAGGCAAGAGCAUGGGGUCCCUUGAGAAAGAAGUGACUGUAGCACAAAACAAACGUUAUGGAACCAUCGGUGAGCCAGAACCCUGCACUAAGGAAGAGUCAGAGAGGACCUACCUGGAUGAAAGGAUUGCCGUUCCCAACACAGGCUCGCCUGGAUUCAGCUUUCGGAAGCUCUGGGCAUUUACAGGCCCUGGGUUCCUGAUGAGCAUUGCAUACCUAGAUCCAGGGAACAUCGAGUCUGAUCUGCAGUGUGGGGCCAUUGCCGGAUUUAAGCUCCUUUGGGUUCUGCUUGGCGCCACGGUGCUGGGCCUUUUGUGCCAACGACUGGCAGUGCGGCUGGGAGUGGUGACAGGAAUGGAUUUGGCUCAAAUUUGCCGUUACUACUACCCUAAGGCACCAAGAUGGAUACUAUGGAUUUUGGUGGAAAUCGCCAUCAUUGGCUCAGACAUGCAGGAAGUUAUUGGCACGGCCAUUGCAUUCAGCCUCCUGUCUUCAGGCCGAAUUCCGCUCUGGGGAGGCGUACUUAUCACUAUUAUAGACACGCUGUUCUUUCUGUUUCUAGACAAAUACGGUCUCCGGAAGCUGGAAGCCUUCUUUGCUCUUCUGAUUACAAUAAUGGCUGUGACUUUUGGCUACGAGUACGUGGUGGUAAAGCCUGACCAAAGGGAGGUGCUAAAGGGCAUGUUCUACCCAUACUGCUCCGGCUGUGGGUCUCCAGAGCUUCUCCAGGCCGUGGGAAUCAUCGGCGCCAUCAUUAUGCCACACAACAUAUACCUGCACUCUUCCCUUGUCAAGUCCCGAGUGGUGGAUCGCAAACAGAAGCAGGAAGUGAGUGAAGCCAAUAUGUACUACAUGAUCGAGUCGUCCAUCGCCCUCUUUGUCUCCUUCCUCAUCAACCUCUUCGUCAUGGCCGUGUUUGCAGAGGCCUUUUACAACAAGACCAACCAGGAUGCUUACGACGUUUGCCAGAACAGCAGCAGCCCCCACGCCGACGUGUUCCCAUCCAAUAACGAUUCCUUGUCUGUCGACAUAUACAAAGGGGGGGUCAUACUGGGGUGCUUCUUCGGCCCUGCUGCUCUCUACAUCUGGGCGGUGGGAAUCCUGGCGGCAGGACAGAGCUCCACCAUGACGGGGACCUACGCCGGGCAGUUUGUGAUGGAGGGCUUCCUCAAUCUGAAGUGGUCGCGGUUCUACCGGGUCCUCUUCACGCGAUCCUGUGCCAUUAUCCCCACUGUGUUUGUGGCUGCAUUUAAGGAUGUGGAGCAUCUGACGGGCAUGAACGACUUACUCAAUGUCCUACAGAGCAUUUUGCUUCCCUUCGCCUUGCUGCCGGUACUCACCUUUACCAGCAUGCGUCCGCUGAUGUGCGACUUUGUCAAUGGCCUCAUUGGAAAAAUCGUCGCCAUUCUUCUCAUUGCCCUGAUCAUGGCCAUUAACCUGUACUUCGUGUUUGUGUACAUUCCCAUGCUGGACAGCAUUCCCUUAUACGUCCUGGCUGCGGUUCUCCUAUUCUUUUAUGCCGUAUUCAACUUGUACCUGCUCUGGACGUGCUGCCUGGCACAUGGGGCAGAGUGUCUGUCCUGGGGGAGGCACCGACAGUUCUCAUAUGAAGUUCCAGAAGAUUUAAAAAACAAUAUUAGCAAUCAGCAGCAGUAACCGGCGAGUUCUGUAUCUGAAGGGUAAGGGGCACUGCUGUAUAUAAUGACAUUGGCCGCUCCCUGGUCUCGAUUACAGCUGAUAAUGGAAUGAGGAUAUUAACCCAAGUGACUGGCAGAACUGAUACAGAAACCGACUAAACAGAACCAGCAAAACUGAACUAAUCAAAGGGUGCGACUGGAACCUAAUGAAAGAAGAUAUUUACUCUGGAGCCAAUCCCUAUGUGCCAUAGUUGUAUGGUAUCUCUCUGUACAGGCUAUGGGCAAACUUAGGGGACUGUUCCUGCUGAA